CUCUCUCUCAGGUCCCUUCUGUUUCUCGCAUUAAAUCGACGGUUUUCUGAUUGAGUUUUUCUUACAAUUCUUUCUCUUAGCUCUGUUUGGUUGCUGGGAAAAUGUGGGAAAGUUGCGAAUUCAUAUCCCUCACUCUUAACACAUGAAUUUCUGAUUUGUUUCUCUUAAUUUUUUUUUGAAGUUUAAGUUGAAUGUAUGUGUAGUUUUGGGUUUUCGCUCGAUUGUCAUGUUGUUGAUCAUCUCUGUGACUGUAGUUGAGGAAGGAAAUCGGGAAAGAGAUCAUGGUGGAAGUGAAGGAGGAGGAAGAGUACAUUGUGGGUUUAACUAAGGAGGUCCAAUUCGCUUCGUGCUCUCCGGUUUCUGACAGCAGUUGUUGCGAUAACCUUACCCCGAGAUCUCCAUCUGUUCAAGGGAUGAUAACGUGUCCAAUGAAACGUUCAUCACAGGCUGGCUGGACAGAGGAAGAGGAUAAUCUGUUAAGUGAAGUUGUCCGAAAGUUCAACGGGAAAAAUUGGAAGAAAAUAGCUGAAUGUAUUCCUGGACGGACAGAUGUCCAGUGCUUGCAUCGUUGGCAGAAGGUUCUUAAUCCUGAACUCGUCAAAGGACCUUGGACAAAGGCGGAGGAUGAUUGCAUAAUUGGAUUAGUUGAGAAGUAUGGUUGUAAGAAAUGGUCUGCUAUUGCAAAGUUCUUACCAGGUCGAAUAGGCAAGCAGUGCCGAGAAAGGUGGCACAACCAUUUAGACCCAGCUAUAAAAAAAGAAGCAUGGACCAAAGAGGAGGAGGUUGUUCUUGCUUAUUACCACCGCAUCUAUGGGAACAAGUGGGCAGAAUUAGCAAGAUUUCUACCUGGAAGGACUGAUAAUGCAAUAAAAAAUCACUGGAAUUGCUCGGUGAAGAAGAAGUUGGAUUUAAAUUUGCUUCCUAGUUCUGUACAAACUGCACCUCCUGAAUUUUACAGCCGAGGAACAAAAUCAGUAUGCACAGAGGUUACAGUAGCAACACAUGGAGUUAGUGAAACAGGUUCUCCUGAUCCCAGAAGGGGUAAGAAGCAUGUUAGUGAGACUUGUUCAACUGAGUUGGUUCUUGGAAAUGCUAAUGUAGGUGAUCGGUGUUUAGAAUUGAAUCCUUCUAGGAUAGGUACCUGUCGAUCUUCAGAAGCAGGGGUAAAUAAACUGCUAAACCCACUUAGGAGGAUCCAGUCUAACGGGACAGAUGCAGUUGCAAGUGGUUUGACCAGUGAACCAUGCCAUGGCAAUGGUUAUCAUGAUACACAUGGCCCUUUGAAAGCCUCUUCUUUGGAUGAUUUCUUUCUUGCAUCUGGUUCUACUAAAUCCAGUUUCACUCCUCUCAAUGUUGUUCUUCCUGUUGCUCCCGAGAGAAUGUUUGAGUCUCCUAAAAGGCAUAAGGGUUGUGGUCUGGGCAUUAUGAAUUCGGAAUCUGGGGGCUUGUCAAGCAAUUCCUUCUUAAGUUUGUCAACAUUUGGGUUUCGUGAGCACAAAGGUGAAUUUGGAAAGAAAAACAUAGUCCAUGUAACACCUCAUCCAGAGGACAAAUACAAUGGAUUCUUGUGUAAUAAGCCGCCCCAUUUGAAGGAUUCUGUUAUUCCCAAGGAAACUGGUGCUGGAUGUGCAAGUGUCGACCCCCUUGAUCUUGCACUAAGUAUCUCUGUUAGUGGUAGCAGUCCAGAAUCUUCGUUGAGGAAAUCAGUGAUGAGUUAUAAAAAUACUCCUUCAAUUAUAAGAAAGCAAACUUCAAGAGAAGCUGACAGUCGUCAUUCUUCUGAUUGCAACUACACUUCUGCACAGAAUUCAUGUACUCAUGAAGGGGACUUUACAAAUGUGAAGCAGGGUGUGCAUUCUCUGUUUCAUAGAUCACAAACAUCAGUUGUUGAUAGAUCUCUUGAAAAACGACUGGAAUAUGAGUUUGAUAAGGAAUGGGAUUCUGCUACAGUUAGAUGUUUCACCCCAGUUUCUGCAACUGCAACAUCUCUCCUCUAUUUUGGUGCAAAUAUGAUGUUGACUCCUUAAACUGUAAAUUAGAUUACAAUCAACAAGCUGAUUGCAGAGCACAGAGUUUUUGAAUUGCCCGUUCCAGCGGAUAAAGUUGAAAUUCACAGAUAUAAUAUAUAAAUAAAUAUAUACACACACACACAUAUAUAUAUAGAUUCUCCUUGCACACUGUUUGGGAGGGGAAACCUCACAAUAAUUUUCGUUGUUGUGUAAAUCUGUCUUUCAGUUUUACCUUUUAUUUUUCUAUGUUAUAACAAAAAAUAGCAAUGCAUACACAAAUGGAUUGAAAAAAUUGAAGAACAUUUGUGAGGCCUUGCUGUUGUAGAAUUUUGAAGCUUCCAUUGUUGUCAAGAAGGUGAGGUGUUUGCAUCAACAUCCCACUGUAUGAUUUUGUUGUUCAUUUGCUUGGAAUUUUGGUUCCAGCAAGUUUUUAGACUUUUAA